UGACAGGCAGGCGUGGCGAAUCUAUCGCUGAUGCAACACUGACAGACGCCACCGGUCGGUUUUAUUCUCUAUUCAUUGCAUUUAGCUCUGAGCCGUUUGACACCAUGGCAGAUCAGCUAAGCCCUGAUGAGAAGCUGCACCUCAUCACCAGGAACCUGCAGGAGGUCCUUGGAGAAGAGAAGCUGAAGCAGGUCCUUCAGGAGAGGGAGCUGAAGAUCUAUUGGGGAACGGCCACCACUGGCAAGCCGCAUGUGGCUUACUUUGUUCCCAUGUCCAAAAUAGCAGACUUCCUCAAAGCUGGGUGUGAGGUCACAAUUCUGUUUGCGGACUUGCACGCCUUCCUGGACAAUAUGAAGGCACCCUGGGACCUGCUGGAGCUUCGUGUGAAGUACUACGAAGAGGUUAUUAAGGCCAUGUUGGAGAGCAUUGGCGUACCCUUGGAGAAACUCAAGUUUGUUAAAGGAACCGACUACCAGCUCAGCAGAGAAUACACUCUGGAUGUCUACCGCCUGUCCUCCAUGGUGACGGAGCAUGAUGCCAAGAAGGCAGGAGCCGAGGUGGUCAAACAGGUGGAGCAUCCUCUGCUGAGUGGUCUGCUGUAUCCAGGACUACAGGCUCUGGAUGAAGAGUACCUGAAGGUUGAUGCUCAGUUUGGAGGAGUGGACCAGAGGAAGAUCUUCACGCUUGCGGAAAAGUACCUUCCCUCUCUGGGUUAUGCCAAGCGCUCCCAUCUAAUGAACCCCAUGGUUCCAGGACUGACGGGUACCAAGAUGAGCUCAUCAGAAGAAGAGUCAAAGAUCGACUUACUGGACUCCAAGGAAGACUUGAAGAAGAAGCUGAAAAAGGCUUUCUGUGAGCCGGGAAACAUCCAAAACAACGGAGUUCUCUCCUUUGUUAAAUUUGUACUCUUCCCUCUUCGUGGAGAGUUCUCCAUCAAAAGAGACGCCAAGUGGGGUGGAGACAAAGUCUACACCGCCUUUGAAGAGGUGGAGAAGGACUUUGCGGAGGAGCGGAUUCACCCUGGAGACCUGAAGGCCUCUGUGGAGACGGCCCUCAACGGGCUGCUGGAGCCAAUCAGGAAGAAAUUUGAGUCUGCCGAACUCCGCAAACUUACCAACGCCGCCUACCCCGGCACUUCAAAGAUGAAAGGAGCAGGCAAGGGGGCCAAGGCAGGAGCAGGUGGAGCAGGAGAUGAAGAGGAGCUGGUGCCAUCCAAACUGGAUAUCCGGGUAGGGAAGAUCAUCAGUGUGGAGAAGCAUCCAGACGCCGACUCGCUUUUCCUGGAGAAGAUCGACGUCGGAGAGGCAGAGCCCAGGACGGUCGUCAGCGGUCUGGUUGCCUACGUCUCCCAGGAGGACCUGCAGGACAGAUCGGUGCUGGUGCUGUGUAACCUCAAACCCCAGAAAAUGCGCGGGAUCGAGUCUCAAGCCAUGCUGCUCUGCGCCUCCAUCGAAGGAGAGCCCAGGAGAGUGGAGCCACUAGACCCUCCUGAGGGUUCAUCACCGGGGGAGCGGGUCUUUGUGGAAGGAUACGAGGCGGGCAAACCGGAGGACAGACUCAACCCAAAGAAGAAAGUGUGGGAGAAACUACAAGUGGACCUGAAGGUCUCAGACGAGCGUGCAGCUCAGUGGAAAGACAAACCACUGAUGACCAAACUGGGACAGAUCACGUGUAAGACUCUGAAAGGAGGCAACAUCAGUUAGGUACUCACCUUCACCUGUCAGCCACAUUACAAGAGUACACUGAUCAACAAGUUGCCAUGGGAACAACAGUCAUCCGGGAUGGUUACUUGGAGCACGAUGGGACACGGAUGCCGAAAGCCUUUUAAUGAUGCGAGCUUUAGAAGGGGGGAAAAAAAAAAGCAUGGACUCGUUGAAUAAUGGUGGGAACGUACAUGCUCAUUAACACACUAUACACCUCAUGUCGUUUGCCAGUAGAUGACGGUUACUAGGUAGGUCUGUAUUUAAAAUAAUCUAUAUUCUAUUCAGUUGCAUUACACAUCAAUCAAUCUAAGGGGAUUUAUUAUCAUGAUCACACAACAACAAAAAAACAUUUGAUCGAAGAAGUCUGUCUUGUGACUGUGGUCCAGUUCUAUCUAGUACUCAUCAUCAUACAUAAAUAAAUAGAAUUGCUUUGCAUAAAUGUAUCUCAAAUUGUGUCUUUUUAUUACACCCAGAAGACAUAUGAUGGUGAUAUGAUAAAAGCAUCUUCAUAGUUGAUCAUCUGUACCUUUACAAAAGUGCUUCUCUACUAAAUAACACAACUUCUUCUUUCCCUUUGUCUUCGAUGAAAACCCAAACACAAGGACCUCCACGCAGUGACAUUUGUUAGUGUUAGCAGAUCCUUUGCGUCUAAAUCUCUGUACAGGAACACUGACGUGACUGCUACCUACCUCCGGGGGGCACCCUUAAACAAUAUUUACAGCCCAUAUGUACACCAGUUCAUCCUGAGGGGCGUAUAGUCGGAUAGAUGCUUAGAAAAAUACUCCAGAAUAAAGCUUAUCAUAAGAAAGUGUGAGCUACUGAUUUGCAUAAAUACAUUUGGAAGGCCAUUACAGGCUAAGGCUUUUGAAUUCUUGAGUGUCAUUAAACGGCG